AUCGAAAUUAUAAUCAAUAAGCUAGCUCCGCCCUUGCUUGUUAACCUUGAUCAUCGUAAUAACUAAUUACGAAAGAAAUUUCUUAAAAACCUAUUAAUCUGAUAAUGAAAGUAAAGUCGAUUAUAAUUUAAAUGUCUAAAUAAAAUAUUUCGAUAAAUUUAGGACUAACCAUGUAUUAAGCCAUUUAAUUAAUCAUUUCUGUAAGAUUCAAUUUCUUCGAGCUGCCAUUGCAGUGUCACUUUGGGGGAGAAGAUGGAUCGGUCGAAGCAAGUAGAUCCUCAUGGCUUAGAAGCUUCACUCAUUCGAAUCAUCAACUCCCACCAUUCUUCAUCUCUCAAGCUCCGUGAAUCCACCGAGAAGGCGAAGAAGGAUGGGAUUCGUAAUGCAAGGCGGGUUUCGGAGCUGCUGGUGGAUUCAGUGAAUAGAGAAGUACAAGAAGCGUUUGUAAUGGAAAAGAGGAUUGAAAUGGAAAUUCGUGCUUUAACUGCAAGCAUUUUUCGAUUUGGAAAGCAAACUGAUCAAUGGCUUGCUGCUUCACACUCUAUCAAUACUGCAAUUAAGGAAAUUGGAGACUUUGAGAAUUGGAUGAAGACUAUGGAGUUUGAUUGUAAAAGUAUUAAUGCUGCAAUCUGCAAUAUUCACCAAGAAUGACAUUUGAACCUGAAUUAUCAUAGGCCUGUGAUUAGUAUAUGGUUUAUAUCAUGUCAUUUGAGUGUACAGAAUAUUCUUUUUGCAUGAAUGACAAUGGAAUUACAUUUAUUUCUGUACAACAACUUGUGUACUUAUUCUUCUAUGUUGUGUAAAAUCUUUGAAAAACUUGUAAAAGAAUUUAAUUGAUUGGUUCUUUUGAUCCA